AUGGCCGAGUUUUCAACAAACAGUAAAAUAGAUGGCCUAUCAAAAGGGUCGAUUUGUUUAGCUAGUGUCGAUUUAAUCCAGAACACAGAACACGUAAUCACCUCAUACAUCGCGGUAUCUCCAAAUGUUAUUUUGUCUAUAACAGCAGUCGCUGGAAAUGUUUUAAUUUUACUUGCACUUUGGCGGACAUCUUCACUUCACUCGCCGUCGAAACUCUUGCUUCGUUGUCUUGCCACAACUGAUGUUUCUGUUGGCCUAAUUUCGCAACCACUUUUCGUUAUCCAUGUUGUGUCAGUCAUCAACAAACGGUGGAAAAUUUGUUUUAUCAGUGAGCGUUCUGCCUAUAUAACUAGUGCAGCGUUAUGUGGCGUAUCCGUGUUAACCCUGACUGCGAUCAGCGUCGACAGACUUCUGGCAUUACAGUUGAAGAUUCGUUACAGAGAACUUGUAACAGUUCAACGGAUGUGGAUUGUUAUAAUCAUAAUAUGGAUUGUAAGCUUUGCGAAUGCCUUCUUGUACCUGUGGAACCCGUUUAUUUACUUAAUUGGCUGCUGUAUUGUAAUAGUAGUGGCAGUCUCCAGUUCUACUCUCAGUUACUCAAAACUAUACUUUAAGCUCCGUUAUCAAAUGUUGCAAGUUCACGAUCGUUUUGACACAUGUAACCAAGUGAGUUCCGGAAUGUUCAACAUUGAAAAGUACAAGAAGACCGUCUAUAGUGCUCUUUGGGUUCACUUGGCUUUAGUGGUAUGCAACGAGCCGUUUGUUAUUGUGACAGUUGUAAAAACUAUUCGUGGGAUAAGUCCUACACUUUUUGUAGCAGAAGCUUUCACAGCUACAUUGGUUUAUCUUAAUUCAUCUCUGAAUCCUGUCCUUUACUGUUGGAAGAUCAAAGAAGUAAGAAUGGCAGUCAAAGAUACU